CUUUCGCUAUCAUUGGAUGUGAUUUUCUUAAAAACAACAUAAGCAGGAGAAGAAGGCGGAGGGAACUGCGGGGGAAGAAAGUCCCUGACAGGCUGGAUGAAAUGAGAUCCCCAUGUAGAGAUUGCCAUGGAAACCUGUGACUCCCCUUCUCUCUCAAGGCAGGAAAAUGGGCAGAAGACAUCAAAGCUGUGUGGAACGACACAUCUUGAUAAUGAGGUGCCAGAGAAAGUCCCUGGGAUGGAGCCUGACAAGGAAAACAGUCCCGCAGAUGACAACCUGAGGACGGAGGAGAGCCGUCGAGAGACCGCAUCAGGAUUGAGCACGGAGAAUGCUGCUCCGGUCCUGGUCGCCUCAGCUAAAGAGAUCCCUUGCAACGAAUGUGCCACUUCUUUCUCAAGUUUACAAAAAUACAUGGAGCACCACUGCCCGAAUGCCCGCCUUCCCCUUCUGAAGGACGAGAACGAGAGCGAGGUCAGCGACCUCGAGGACAGUGAUGUGGAGAAUCUUACAGGAGAAAUAGUUUACCAGCCUGAUGGUUCAGCUUUCAUGCUUGAGGACUCCAAAGAAAGUGGCCAGAGUGCCCAGUCUGUGGCCAAAAGCCUCUUUUCCCCAGCACUGUUUCCGAACUCCCAAACCGCUGCAGGGGACAAGACUGAGCAAUCUGCCACUGCCCCUAUGUCCUUUUAUCCACAGGUGAUCAAUACCUUUCACAUUGCUUCAUCCCUCGGGAAACCAUUUACGGCCGACCAGGCUUUCCCAAAUACCUCAGCCUUAGCAGGAGUUGGUCCUGUGUUGCACAGUUUCCGUGUCUACGAUCUUCGACACAAGAGUGAUAAAGACUAUCUAACCAUUGAUGGCACAGCCAAAAACUCCUGUGUGUCCAAAGAUGUUCCUAACAAUGUGGACUUGUCCAAAUUCGAUGGUUGCAUAAGCGAUGGGAAGAGAAAACCCAUUCUAAUGUGUUUCUUGUGCAAGUUGUCUUUUGGUUAUAGUAGGUCAUUUGUAACCCAUGCUGUGCAUGACCAUCGGAUGACCCUCAACGAGGAGGAGCAGAGGCUCCUUAGUAAUAAGUAUGUCUCUGCCAUCAUACAGGGCAUUGGCAAAGACAAAGAACCUCUUAUAAGCUUUCUGGAACCAAAAAAAUCCAAUUCUGUGUUACCCCAUUUUUCUACUGCAAACUUCAUGGGCCCAGACCAGGGCUUUCGUGGUCUCUGGAACGCUUUUCAUGUUGAGAAUGGCGAUUCCUUGCAAGCGGGGUUUGCCUUCUUGAAAGGAAGCGCCAGCUCAGCUUCCUCAGCAGACCAGUCGCCCAGGAGUACCCACAUGCCAAAGGCUGAGAUGAACCUCGGGGGUAUAGCGGCUUCAGCUCUGAAGACCCCUGUCAGCUCCGCGCCCCUCCAUCGCUCGUCACCAGGGGCAGCGGGAAGGGAGCAGGAGAGCAACUGUGAACGUCAGAAGGAUGUUAGCACUUUUCAUUCAAACGGAGAGUUCCCUAUCAAAAGCGAACACGGAGAAGCGGUCGACGCAGAGGAGGAUGAAGACGUGUACUCAAACGAGCUUGACGAUGACGGCGUAGGUGAACUAGUGGAUAGUACCAGUAGCAAAGAUUUCCCUCUCUUAAACCAAAGCAUUUCUCCUUUAUCGUCCAGUGUGCUAAAAUAUACUGAAAGGGGUGCCUCCUCUUCCUCUGUGACUGUUUCCGAUGAUCUCGAGAAGACCAAACAGGCAGCGCCGAGCAGGGACAGCAGCAACGAUUCUGCUAACUGCAGCGGAAGCAGCAAAGAGUACGUCGACUCCAACGUGGGUAGAGACGGCACUCCGCCCUCUCACCCCCUCGAUCUGAUGCGACGAGACGACGAGAGCCCAGGACCUCUGCACCAGCAUGGCACCACGCCCAGUACCCCGGGCACUCCCGGCCCAGGUGAAGGCUCUCCGGGUAGCGGCAUAGAAUGCCCCAAGUGUGACACUGUCCUGGGCUCAUCCCGCUCUCUAGGCGGGCACAUGACCAUGAUGCACUCGAGGAACUCUUGCAAGACGCUGAAGUGCCCCAAGUGCAACUGGCACUACAAGUACCAACAGACCCUGGACGCCCACAUGAAGGAGAAGCAUCCAGAGUCUGGAGGCUCCUGUGCGUAUUGUCGUACCGGCCAGCCGCAUCCACGACUGGCCAGAGGAGAGAGCUACACCUGUGGAUACAAGCCCUUCCGUUGUGAGGUGUGCAACUACUCCACCACCACUAAAGGCAACCUUAGCAUCCACAUGCAGUCGGACAAACACCUCAACAACGUCCAGACGCUGCAGAACGGGGGAACGGAGCCUGUGUACAACCACGCACCUCCGGUCUCCACCGCCAGCCUGAGUGGAUGCGGGACGCCCUCUCCAUCCAAGCCUAAGCAGAAGCCCACGUGGCGCUGUGAGGUUUGUGACUAUGAGACUAACGUGGCUCGCAACUUGCGCAUACACAUGACCAGUGAGAAGCACAUGCACAACAUGAUGCUCCUUCAGCAGAACAUGAAGCAGAUCCAGCACAACUUGCAUCUGGGCCUGGCACCAGCUGAGGCUGAGCUGUACCAGUACUACCUGGCCCAGAACAUUGGUCUGACUGGCAUGAAGAUGGAGAAUCCUGCCGAUCCACAAAUGAUGAUCAACCCUUUCCAGCUGGACCCCACCUCAGCCGCCAGUCUGGCUCCAGGACUCGUAAAUAAUGAGCUGCCGGCGGAGCUUCGUCUGGCGAGUGGUCAGCUAAUGGGUGAUGACCUGUCCGUCCUCUCUGCUGGGGAGCUGUCGCCUUGUAUCAAUGACCCGCUGCUGAAGCUCUUCCAGUGCGCGGUGUGCAACAAAUUCACCUCGGACAGCCUGGAGGCCCUUAACGUGCACGUGGCCAGCGAGCGCUCGCUCCCGGAGGAGGAGUGGCGGGCAGUGAUGGGGGACGUUUACCAAUGCAAGCUGUGUAACUACAACACGCAGCUCAAGGCCAACUUCCAGCUCCACUGCAAAACUGAUAAGCACAUGCAGAAGUACCAGCUGGUGGCGCACAUCAAGGAAGGGGGAAAGGCCAACCAGUGGAGGCUUAAGUGCAUCGCCAUUGGAAACCCCGUGCACCUAAAGUGCAACGCGUGCGACUACUACAGCAACAGUGUGGAGAAACUGCGACUCCACGCCACUAAUCAGAGGCAUGAGGCGGCUCUGAAACUCUACAAGCACUUGCAAAAACAGGAGAGUGCGUGUAACUCGGAGUCCUGCUACUACUACUGUGCCCUGUGUGACUACUCCAGCAAAGCCAAGCUGAACCUGGUGCAGCACGUGCGCUCAGUCAAGCACCAGCAGAGCGAGAGCCUGCGUAAGCUGCAGCUGCACCAGCAGGGCCUGCCGCCAGAGGAGGACAACCUCGCCGAGAUCUUCUUCGUCAAGGACUGCCCGGCCAACGAAACUGAGGAACCAGGUGACGACACGGAAGGACGUCCACGUGCUGGCUCUCUGGCUGCGGCCGAUGACAGAGACCCAAGCGAGAGAGACAGAAAAGAGGGCAAGACGACUGAGAAAGAAUCCAGAGUUAAUACACUGGCUAAAGAAGUGCUUGGGACUGCUGCAGUGGGGAAGAGAUCCCUUCUGCAAGACAAAGAAAAUGACACUCCACCCAAGAGGCCAAAAUCAGUUGAGGAAAAGACACAUACCAAUGAGCAGGUGCAGCAGUGCCCAUAUUGUAAUUACAGUAGUAAGGACGCGAACCGUCUGCAGUUGCACAUCAUGUCCCAGCAUUCUAUGCAGCCAGUCAUCUGCUGCCCACUGUGUCAAGAUGUGCUCAGCAACAAGAUUCACCUGCAACUACAUCUCACGCAUCUCCACAGUGUAGCUCCAGACUGCGUGGAGAAGUUGCUCAUGACGGUAACCGGCCCAGAUGUGAUGCAGAAUAAUGUGUUGCUGCCUACAGCAGCUCACGACAAACUCCCAUCUUUGAUGGAUUCUUCAACUGUACUGCCUGAGGGAUCUGGAAAGCACAUUGGAAAUAGCUCCAAGGAUGUAAAAAAUAACAAAGCUCAAGACAAAAGUGAACUGGAGCUUACAAGUGAGGAACUCAAACCACCAAAGGAGGCUGCUGAAGCUCCAGACUGGAAGAAAGCCAGUGGACAGGACCUAAAGAGUCAAGAUCCUUUGCAGGAGCAGCUCAGUGACCUACAGAAGCAUCAACAGCUUUCAGUGUCUGAUCGCCAUGUGUACAAGUAUCGCUGCAACCACUGCAGCUUGGCUUUCAAGACUAUGCAGAAGCUUCAGAUACAUUCCCAGUACCAUGCCAUUCGGGCAGCCACUAUGUGCAGCCUCUGCCAGCGCAGCUUCAGAACAUUCCUUGCCCUCAGAAAGCACCUGGAAAAUGGUCAUCCUGAGCUGAGUGAGGCUGAAGUGCAGCAGCUGUGUGGAAGUCUGCCCAUUAACGGAGAUAUCACAGAGAAUGAGGCCAGGGCUUUAGAGGAGGCACAGGCCUUUGAACAGGAAAUGGAAAAGGAUGAUGAAUUAGACCAAGAAGGGAAGGCCAGCCCCACAGGAAGUGACAGCAGCUCACUGCUUGACGACAUGGGUUCUGAACCAAAGCGGACCUUGCCAUUUAGAAAAGGUCCAAAUUUUACCAUGGAGAAGUUUUUAGACCCUUCCCGUCCAUACAAAUGCACAGUGUGUAAGGAGUCUUUCACUCAGAAGAACAUUCUUCUCGUUCAUUACAACUCUGUCUCACACUUGCAUAAGCUGAAGAAGGUUCUCCAAGAAGCCUCAAGCCCAGUCCCCCAGGAGACCAGCAACAAUAUUGAUAACAAACCAUACAAAUGCAAUAUUUGUAAUGUUGCUUACAGCCAAAGCUCAACCCUGGAGAUUCAUAUGAGGUCUGUACUCCAUCAGACAAAAGCCAGAACUGCCAAAAUGGAGACUAGCAGCAACACAGGAAGUGGAAACAGUGGAAGCAUACCAGCCAGCAGUCCUGUCCCAGUCAGUCAGGGAAACACAGAUUGUGCAAGCUUACCAGUAUCAUCUAACAAAGAACACACUGUAGAUGCCAAAGAAGUCAAUGUGAAGCAAACUACUGAACACAUCUCCAUUCAACCCAGCCAUCAAACUGCUCAGUCACCAGCACAGCUCCAGAUGCAGUUGCAGCAUGAGCUCCAGCAGCAGGCUGCCUUCUUUCAGCCUCAGUUUCUUAACCCAGCAUUCUUCCCUCACUUCCCAAUGACACCCGAAGCUCUGCUACAGUUCCAGCAGCCGCAGUUCCUCUUCCCUUUCUAUAUUCCUGGCACUGAAUUUAACCUAAGCCCUGAGCUAGCCCUGCAUUCCGCUGCAUUUGGGAUGCCUGGCAUGACAAGCUCUUUUCUCGAGGAUCUGAAACAACAGAUGCAGCAACAGCAUCAGCUUGGCCAACAGCAGCUCCAGCUCUCUCAGCAACAGGCUCAACAGCAGCAGGCCUCUCAGUCUCAACUGCAGCAGCAACAGCAGCAGCACAAAGCUCAGCAACAGAGCCAUAAACCUAAAAUAGAACAUAACCACAUGGUUGUACCUGAAAAUCAAAUGACCAAGGUGGCUGAAGAGCACAUGGAGAAGCAAGAGGGCAAAGCAAAGCAAGAGCAAACUAAUGAUGCGGACAGCGUUAAAGAUAACAAAGAUACUAAGAAGCCAAAAUUCUCAGAACCUCUUAUACCCCCGCCACGCAUUGUCUCUGGUGCCAGGGGUAACGCUGCCAAAGCCUUGCUAGAGAACUUUGGCUUUGAACUGGUCAUUCAGUACAAUGAGAACAGACAAAAGAGCCAAAAGAAGAACAGAGAGGAAGAGGUCAAUGACAAAUUAGAGUGUAGGAUGUGUGGAAAAUUUUUCUCCAACAUGCUUAUCCUCAAGAGUCAUCAGGAGCAUGUCCAUGGACAAUUCUUUCCAUAUGUGGAACUAGAGAAAUUCGCACAGCAGUACAGAGAGGCAUAUGACAAGCUUUAUCCCAUAAAUCCAUCUUCUCCAGAAACCCCACCACCACCUCCUCCUCCACCACCUCCACCGCCAGCUCCAGUGACAGCUAUGCCUGCCACUAGCACUGUAGGGAAAACCCAGACCCCAUCUCCAGCACCACUGCAGGCUCCACAGCCACCACCACCUCCUCCUCCUCCACCGCCUCCAGCCUCUAAUGCACCUCCUCAAAUGCCACUUCCUGUCUCUCUUGACUUGCCAAUUUUCCCACCAUUGAUGAUGCAGUCCGUGCAGCACCCAGGCCUGCCCCCACAGCUUGCCCUACAGCUGCCAACAAUGGACUCUUUAUCUUCUGACCUCACACAGUUAUGUCAACAGCAACUGGGACUGGAUCCAAACUUCCUUCGUCAAUCCCAGUUCAAGCGUCCCCGCACUAGAAUCACAGAUGAUCAGCUGAAAAUUCUACGGGCUAACUUCGAUAUCAACAACUCUCCAAAUGAAGAACAAAUCCAAGAAAUGGCAGAUAAGUCAGGUCUCCCACAGAAAGUUAUCAAGCACUGGUUCCGCAAUACUCUCUUUAAAGAGAGGCAGCGAAGCAAAGACUCCCCUUACAACUUCAGCAUUCCACCCAUAACCACACUGGAGGAUAUCAGACUUGAGGCCCAAAAUGAAUACUGCAGAAAUGAUGCUGCCAUGAACAAGAGAUCAUCAAGGACUCGUUUCACUGAUUACCAAUUAAGAGUCCUUCAAGAUUUCUUUGACACCAAUGCUUAUCCUAAGGAUGAUGAGAUUGAGCAGCUCUCCACUGUCCUCAACCUGCCAACACGUGUGAUUGUGGUGUGGUUCCAAAAUGCCCGCCAGAAGGCUAGAAAGAGUUAUGAGAACCAGGCAGAUUCUAAAGAGAGUGAGAAGAAAGAGCUAACCAAUGAACGCUACAUUAGAACAAGCAACAUGCAGUACCAGUGUAAGAAAUGUAGUGUCAUUUUUCCGAGAAUCUUUGACCUCAUCACACAUCAAAAGAAGCAGUGUUACAAAGACGAAGAUGAUGAAUGUCUAGAAGAGAAUCAUUCAGAGGAACCUUCGGAGAGCAGCGAGCAGUUCUUUGCAAGGCAAACAGAUCCAAUGAAACAUCAUUUUGCUACAGCCACCAGCUCUGGGUCCAGCUCCCCAUUAAUGCCCUCACCUCGACCUGACUUGGGAAAAACUUCUCCAAAACCAGAGAUCCUUUGUGAGAAGACAAAGCAGGUUGAAAGUGUCUCAUCACAGGUGUUGAAGACUUUGCCUGAUCCAAGACCCUCCAAGGCUUCAACCCCUCAACCCCCACCGCAGAAAACCCCACAACCACAAAUGUCAAGGCCUCAUUCCCAACCUCAGUCUGCAGCUGUACCACCAAGCCCUCUCUCUAUUGCUCUUUCCUCGUUAACCAAUAGCCUACCCCCCCAAAUGUUACAGUACCAGUGUGAUCAGUGUAAAAUUGCUUUUCCAACUGUUGAGCUAUGGCAGGAACAUCAGCACAUGCAUUUCCUGGCUGCCCAAAACCAGUUCCUGCACUCACAGUUCCUGGAAAGA